UAAGCGCUGAGGCUGUGCCGGGGUGAGCGGAGCGCAGGGCGCAGGGGCUGGACCUGGCGCGUCUGAGCCAAGCUGAGCGUCCUUUGUGCCGGGCGGGCGACCGCCCCGGGAUGCAUCCGAGCUAAGAGCCAGGUCCAGGAUGGGGGCCAUGCCUAUCUGGGCCUCGGGCCUCCUGGUGCUCCAGAUACUGCUCUGGGUGGAUGGGGAACAGGGUGAGUUGGCCUGUGUGGUGGGGGAGAAGGGGCUCCGCAUGCAGAAGGCGGGGUCUGGUUCUGUGCGAGCUGCGCUGGCGGAGCUGGUGGCCCUGCCCUGCUUCUUCACCCUGUGGCCGCGGCCGAGUGCAGCUGGAGAAGCCCCUCGGAUCAAGUGGACCAAGGUGCACACUGCAUCAGGCCAAUGGCAGGACUUGCCCAUCCUGGUGGCCAAGAACAACGUGGUUAGAGUGGCCAAGGGCUGGCAGGGACGUGUGUCUCUGCCCGCCUACCCCCAGCACCGGGCCAAUGGCACGCUGCUGCUGGGGCCCCUGCGGGCCAGCGACUCGGGGCUCUACCGCUGCCAGGUGGUGAGAGGCAUCGAGGACGAGCAGAACCUGGUAUCCCUGGAGGUGACCGGUGUUGUGUUCCACUACCGGGCAGCCCAGGAUCGCUAUGCACUGACCUUUGUCCAGGCCCAAGAGGCCUGUCGUCUCAGCUCAGCCAUCAUUGCAGCCCCACGGCACCUGCAGGCUGCCUUUGAGGAUGGCUUUGACAACUGUGAUGCGGGGUGGCUCUCUGACCGCACUGUUCGGUAUCCUAUCACCCAGUCCCGUCCUGGUUGCUAUGGUGACCGUAGCAGCCUUCCAGGGGUGAGGAGCUAUGGGAGGCGCGACCCACAGGAACUCUAUGAUGUGUAUUGCUUUGCCCGUGAGCUGGGGGGUAAGUCUGGGGCUGACAGGACCCUUCCCUUCCCUGAGCCCGUUACCUUCCCCAACCCCCAUCCCUCCGCCAACCGCACUGGCUUCCCGGCCCCUGGAGCGCGCUUCGACGCCUACUGCUUCCGAGCUCAUUACCCUACUCCACAACAUGGAGACCCAGAGACCCCCUCAUCUGGGGAUGAGGGGGAGAUUCUAUCGGCAGAAGGGCCUCCAGCCAGAGAACUGGAGCCCAACUUGGGGGAAGGGGAAGUGAUCACCCCUGACUUCCAGGAGCCGCUGCUGUCGAGUGGGGAGGAAGAGCCUGUGAUCUUGGCAGAGAAGCAGGAGUCUCAAGAGACCCCCAGCCCUGCCCCUGGGGUUCCCACACUAACCUCAAGGCCUUCCCUGGAGGCUAAGGAGGUGUGGCUGCGCACCCCGUUCUCCAGCAGCCUGGAGGAAGGCACUUCACCUGGCACGCACAGCAAGGCGACUCCAGCCAACCUCAAGCCCAAGAGGCGGAAUCGCUUUAAAGGGUUGAACGGGCGCCACUUCCAACAACAGGAAUCCCAGCAAGGGCUGGAGGGAAGGCUUGAGGUCAGUGCCCAGCCUCCCACCCCAGAGGCUGCUGGGAAUCAUGUGGAGCCUCCCCUGGCCACCGGAGCCACAGACUCCUUUGGGAGUGACAGGAGCCAAAGCCCCUGGGCUGUGCUGUCCAAUGAAGUGGAUGUGCCUGGAGCUGGUUCCCCUGGUGGCAGGAGCCCCCCAGAGCCCUGGCUGUGGCCCCCAACAGUGGUGCCACCCAGCAUCCCAGGCCCCAGCAGGGCCUUUGGCCUCGAGUUGGAGGAAGCCAAGGGCACCAGUGAGAGGCUUGAUACCCUCAAACUUCCCUGGUCCCCCUCAGAGACCACAGCUCUGGCUCCCAGCCCCUCAGAAGAUCCCAGUAGUGUCCCCUGGGAGGCGUCCCCCAUGGUCACUUCCCUAGAUCUCCCUGUCCUGGCCAUGCUUCGUGCUCCCAAAGUGUGGCUCCUACCACAUCCUACACCCCUCCCUACCCAGACCAAUGGGGUUAAGGGUCACAGUGAGGCCAUGCCCUCUGCCCUACCUUCCCUGGCCUCAGAGACCCAGGCUGGUCCCCAGGACCCCAUCCAUCCAGAGAUGUAUUCCUUGCCCCCCUCCUUGGGCCUGACAGGACAAGGUCAAGAGGCCGUGUUCCUGACAUUCAGUGACCACAGAGCAGGAAGUCCCACAGCCCUCUCACAGGUAGCCACGGACACACAAACCAGAGCCAGUCCUAACGCCCCUAGGGCAGACUUUGGAGAAAUUGGGGGGACCGGCCCCACUGGACUCAGCGAAGCUGAGCACCCCAGAUCCAGCCCACAGGCUUCUGUGGAUUGGAAUGUGGCAGCUGAUUUCACCCUCACAGAGAUGGCAACUGAGCCCACGGGAGGGACAGGAAUCUCAGGGUCUGAGUAUGGGGUCCUCCACACAGCGGAGAGUCCCACUUCCAGCUCACAGGCCCCUGUGCAAGAGGCGCAGGGCACAAGCCCCUCACUGCACAUCAAAGAGCUGGACCCCCACACCCCCUCUGCACCGCCGGGGGACCCCAGAGUUUCCCUGAAUUUGGAGCCUUGGGCUGCUACAGAUGAAGGAGGUACAGAGGGUCCCACGGAUACAGCCACCGUGGACCCCAGUGAUGCUGGUAGGAUUUGGGAAUCUGGAUCCCUCAUGGUUGAAGGAGCUGAACGCCCCACCAUGAGCCCUCGAGUGGCUGUGGAUACGAAGGCGGUGACGUCCCUCGUGUCCCUGGACCAGGGGGACAAGGGUGGGGUCCUGGCCACGUCCACCAUGGACUCCUCCAGCUCCCAACCCCACCCAGAGCCAGAGGGCCAGGUGGUGACCCAGGGAACACUGGAAGCCUUGGCCCCUCCGCAUGAGGGCAUCCCCCUGGGGGAUCCCACUCUUCCUCCUUGGACACCUACAGUGGCCAGCAUGGACCAGCCUGUGUCAGUGUCCUCAGGGGAGCCAACAGUGCUAUGGGACUCCCCCAGCACUCUGCUGCCUGCCCCUCGGGUCCUGGACAAGUUUGCGCUGGAGGUCCUUGCAGGAAGUGCCGGUGUGGAGGAGGCAUCCAGUGGAGAGGAGCCGGCCCUGCCAGGGGCCCCUGCAGAUGGGAGCGCAGAGCAGACCCCCUCGGAUCCCUGCGAGAACAACCCUUGCCUGCACGGGGGCACCUGUAGAGCCAAUGGCACCCUCUAUGGCUGCAGCUGUGACCAGGGCUUUGCUGGGGAGAACUGUGAGAUCGACAUCGACGACUGUGUCUCCAGUCCCUGUGAGAAUGGAGGUACCUGCAUCGAUGAGGUCAACACCUUCAUCUGCCUUUGCCUCCCAAGCUAUGGGGGCAGCCUCUGUGAGAAAGACACGGAGGGCUGUGACCGCGGCUGGCACAAGUUCCAGGGCCACUGCUACCGGUACUUUGCCCAUCGGCGGGCGUGGGAGGAUGCCGAGAGGGACUGUCGCCGCCGAGCUGGCCACCUGACCAGCAUCCACUCACCUGAGGAACACAACUUCAUUAACAGCUUUGGGCGUGAAAACACGUGGAUUGGCCUGAAUGACAGGAUCGUGGAGAGGGAUUUCCAGUGGACGGACAACACAGGGCUGCAAUAUGAGAACUGGAGAGAGAACCAGCCAGACAAUUUCUUCGCGGGCGGGGAGGAUUGUGUGGUGAUGGUGGCACAUGAAAGUGGGCGCUGGAACGACGUCCCCUGCAACUACAACCUCCCCUAUGUCUGUAAGAAGGGCACAGUGCUGUGUGGUCCCCCUCCAGCAGUGGAGAACGCUUCGCCCAUCGGGGCCCGCAAGGCCAAGUAUAAUGUCCAUGCCACUGUACGCUACCGGUGUGACGAAGGAUUUACCCAGCACCACGUGUCCAUAAUCCGGUGCCAGAGUAAUGGCAAGUGGGACUGGCCCCAAAUCGUCUGCACCAAACCCAGAAGGUCCCAUCGGAUGCGGCGACACCAUCACCACCACCAACAUCACCACCAACGCCACCACCACAAAUCACACAAGGAACGCAGAAAACACAAGAAGCAUCCGGCAGAGGACUGGGAGAAGGAGGAGGGGAAUUUCUGCUGAAGAACCAGGCAAACGAAAGCACAACCCCCUUCUCACGCCUCCUCUGGGCCUUCGCCUGGGAAGAUAGAGCCUAGAGAGAAACGAGAGGGCCCUAACCCGGAAGCCCCUGAGCCCCAAGCCCCCUCCCCAGCCUUUUGUAAAAAGCUCCUCUCUCCUCUUUCUUACAUACACAGGUCCUCUUGGCAGGCGUGGCUAUGCGUCUGAAAAUCCAGUUCUAGUCAGGCUGGACUCUGGGAGAAUCUCAGUGGAAGGAAGCACAAUUGGCAAAGAUCACUCUUUGCUGCACUGGUUGAGUCUUUUGUUGGCAAGGCUCAUUGGCAGUUGUUGAGAUAAGGCUUUGAUGAGGGUGCAAGAGUGUAUGUUUGGAUCUGCACUAAGGAAUUGCUUUCCAUGCCAGAUCCAGGCUUUGUAAAUUGUCGGAUGUCCUAAAUGCAGCCUGAAGCCUUUAGUGACUGCUUUGGGAAUGAAAAACUACAUGGAAGCACACUACUUGAACUUGACAACUGCUCUUCCAUGACCUUGGACUUGAACCCAAGUUCAGUCUUUGGUCUUGGUGGGUAAACAGUCUUGAACUCCUAUGUACUGAAUGUUGGGGAUUUUUUAGAACAGCUUCCUUCCAUACCCUCAGAGUUAGGGGUCAGAAUAGUCAGGGCAAUAUGUGGGCAAUGAAGGGAAGGUAUUGCUUAUUCUCCCAGGUCUUGUCCCAGAGCUGAGAUUUGGUGGUGAAACACACACACACACACACACACACACACACACACACACAUUUAGGGCUUGACUAGCCCAGAUUUCUUCCCCCUCCAUCUCUCAGGGAGACGAAGAACCUCCUUCCUGGACCAAGGAGGUGCCCAGUUUUCUAGAUCAGUUCCCGUACCCAUCCCUCAAGCAGACAUUGCUAGCGCACUGCCCUGGAUCCCACUCCUAUUGCCACCCCAUCCCUGUGUCCAGUCAUUGCUGGAAGACUAGAAAUGCUUACAGAUUGAAAUAGUGACAUCUACCUGCAGUCAUGUUGUAGAGGGAUAUAGUGUUAAAACUGAAACACACACAUUUUCCUCUCAUAGUUUUUUUUUAUAUAAUACUUUUAUUGAUUUCAGAGAGGAAGGGAGGAGA